GUAAGUUUGAAAGUGAAAGUAAAAUCAAAUAAGCUAAGUUAAUAAUAAAGCUUUGUAAUAUAUGGUUGGUAAUAGUGGCUAAUUUUAGAAAAAUUUAAGAAUUGGACACUAUUUACAUUUACAAAAUUUACAGAAAUUGAAAUUAAGCAGAUUACAUUCGUUUAAAUAAUGAGUUCGAGAACGGCGUUACCAUCAUCUAAAAAGACUCAUUCAGAAAAGCAUAAACAAAUCUUAAAGCAAUUACUAAGAGAAUCUGCUAAUAAAUCUUGUGCAGAUUGUAAAGUAACUAAAAAUCCUAGAUGGGCAUCUUGGAGUUUAGGAUGUUUUGUUUGUAUAAGAUGUUCUGGUAUUCAUAGAAGUAUGGGAACUCAUAUAUCAAAAGUUAAAUCAGUUGAUUUAGAUGCUUGGACUGAUGAUCAAAUAGAGAAUAUGGUUAAAUGGGGGAAUGAAAAAUCAAAUAUCUUUUGGGAAGCUAAAUUACCUGAAGGUUAUACUCCAGAUCAACUGAAGAUUGAAAGUUUUAUAAGAACUAAAUAUGAUAUUAAGAAAUGGGCUGCAUCUACUACAAUUCCAAAUCCUUUGACUAUUAAAGUUAAUAAUCCAACAAGUGUGAAUACAAGUUCUACUGCCAUUAGUUCUACUUCUUCAAGUUCUACUUCGGUUCCUACUUCUAUAAAGGCUCCUCAACCAAAAUCUGCUAAUUUAUUAGAUGAUGAUUUUGGGGCAUUCACUUCUUCUCCAUCUUCUACACCUACACCACAACCAACUAAUUUAAUUCCUCAGCCAAUCAGUGCAUCAGUUCCUCCACCAUCUAAUUCUGUUCCUGUUCAACCCAUUAUUCAAUCUGCUCAAUCUACUGGAGGAAGUAUUGCUAGUAAUGGAAGACCAGAUCUUAAGAAAUCUAUUUUAUCCUUAUAUUCAUCACCUUCUUCUUCAACUGGUUUUCUUCAACCACAACAAUCAAGUAGAAAUCAAUCAUAUAGUCCUUCAUUCCAUAAUACUUCAAGUGCUAUAACUCCUAAUGUCAAUAAUUCUACUUCUAUAAAUUCUUUAUCAAAUUCAUUAAAUGGAUUACAGUUUAGUGGAAGUACAAUAAAUUCUAAUAAACCAACUCCACCAUUACCAAGUGAUAAUAUAGCUAGUUCUACCAAUUCAUUUAAUAGUUUAGCAGGUACUUCAUUCAAUGUUAAACCUGUUGCUCCAAAUGUUGCUGCUUCUAAUUCUUGGCGUAAUGAAUGGAACGAUUCAUCUUCAUCAUUAAAGAAUCAAUGGAAUGAACCUUCUAAGCCAACUUCUAAUGUUGGGGUUAAUGGCUUAGAUGAUGAAUUGUUUAAGAAUGUAUGGAAUUAGUUGAUUAUCAUUUAAAUCAUUUUGCAUAAAUUUUUGUUCAAUGUUGCAUUAUUAAAGUCACUUUAAUUCUUCUUCACUUCACUUCUCUACUCUUUUUUUUACAUAUAUAAUUCAUUUAUAAGGCAGUAUAUU